UUUCAACAACAACUUUAUGGCUGCCGGAAGUACUUCUCGUUCCCUUUCCAGCUUCACGCCCGUGGGCUGCAGUGGGAGCGAUGGCGGCGGCAGCCACCGGGCCUGGCCCGGGGUCUGGACCCGGAGACUCCCCGGAAGGGCCCGAGGCGGAGGCUCCGGAGCGGCGGCGGAAGGCGCACGGGAUGCUGAAGCUUUACUACGGACUCUCGGAGGGGGAGGUGGCGGGGCGCCCCGCCGGGCCGGACCCUCUGGACCCGACUGAUCUCAAUGGGGCACACUUCGACCCGGAAGUUUAUCUGGACAAGUUGCGUAGAGAGUGCCCCCUGGCCCAGCUGAUGGACAGUGAGACCGACAUGGUGCGGCAGAUCCGGGCUCUAGACAGCGACAUGCAGACCCUGGUCUAUGAAAACUACAACAAGUUCAUCUCAGCCACAGACACCAUCCGGAAGAUGAAGAACGAUUUCCGUAAGAUGGAGGAUGAGAUGGACCGUCUGGCCACCAACAUGGCGGUGAUCACCGACUUCAGUGCACGCAUCAGCGCCACGCUGCAGGACCGCCACGAGCGCAUCACCAAGCUGGCAGGUGUGCAUGCGCUCCUGCGAAAGCUACAGUUCCUCUUCGAGCUGCCCUCGCGCCUCACCAAGUGUGUGGAGCUGGGCGCCUACGGGCAGGCGGUGCGCUACCAGGGCCGCGCGCGGGCCGUGCUGCAGCAAUACCAGCACCUGCCCUCCUUCCGUGCCAUCCAGGACGACUGUCAGGUCAUCACGGCUCGCCUAGCUCAGCAGCUGCGGCAGCGCUUCAGGGAGGGUGGCUCAGGCGCCCCUGAACAGGCCGAGUGCGUGGAGUUGUUGCUGGCCCUGGGCGAGCCUGCCGAGGAGCUGUGCGAAGAGUUCCUGGCGCAUGCUCGUGGGAGGCUUGAAGAGGAGCUGAGCAGCCUGGAGAGCGAGCUGGGGCCCUCUCCUCCUGCCCCUGAUGUGUUAGAGUUCACUGACCGAGGCGGCAGUGGCUUCGUGGGCGGCCUCUGCCAGGUGGCAGCAGCCUAUCAGGAGUUGUUUGCAGCCCAAGGCCCCGCGGGUGCCGAGAAGCUGGCAGCCUUCGCGCGGGAGCUGGGCGGCAGAUACUUUGCUCUGGUGGAGCGGCGACUGGCACAGGAGCAGGGUGGUGGUGACAACUCGCUGCUGGUGCGAGCGCUGGAUCGCUUCCAUCGGCGCCUCCGGGCUCCUGGGGCCCUACUGGCUGCUGCAGGGCUCGCUGAGGCUGCCACCGAGAUUGUGGAGCGAGUGGCCCGAGAGCGCCUGGGCCAUCAUCUACAGGGCCUGCGGGCAGCCUUCCUGGGCUGCUUGACGGAUGUGCGCCAGGCCCUUGCUGCUCCUCGCCUGGCUGGGAAGGAAGGCCCCAGCCUAGCCGACUUGCUGGCCAAUGUGGCCAGCUCCAUCUUGAGCCACAUCAAGGCCUCUCUGGCAGCUGUGCACCUCUUCACUGCCAAGGAGGUGUCCUUCUCCAACAAGCCCUAUUUCCGGGGUGAGUUCUGCAGCCAGGGUGUCCGAGAAGGCCUCAUCGUGGGCUUCAUCCGCUCCAUGUGCCAGACAGCUCAGAGCUUCUGUGACAGCCCAGGAGAGAAGGGAGGUGCCACCCCCCCUGCCUUGCUUCUGCUACUUUCCCGCCUCUGCCUGGACUAUGAGACAGCCACUAUCUCCUACAUUCUCACUCUCACUGAUGAGCAGUUUUUGGUGCAGGACCAGUCUCCAGUGACACCUGUCAGCACACUGUGUGCAGAGGCCAGGGAGACAGCGCGGCGACUGCUGACCCACUAUGUGAAGGUGCAGGGCCUGGUCAUAUCACAGAUGCUACGCAAGAGUGUGGAGACGCGGGACUGGCUUACUACACUGGAGCCUCGGAAUGUGCGCGCUGUCAUGAAGCGGGUUGUGGAGGACACAACAGCUAUUGACGUGCAGGUGGGGCUCCUAUAUGAAGAGGGUGUUCGCAAGGCCCAGAGUAGCGACUCCAGCAAGAGGACCUUCUCAGUGUACAGCAGCUCUCGGCAGCAGGGCCGCUAUGCACCUAGCUACACACCCAGUGCUCCAAUGGACACCAACCUCUUGAGCAAUAUCCAGAAGCUGUUCUCUGAGCGUAUUGAUGUGUUCAGCCCUGUGGAAUUCAACAAGGUGUCGGUGUUGACAGGCAUCAUUAAGAUCAGUCUGAAGACGCUGCUGGAAUGUGUGAGGCUGCGCACCUUUGGGCGCUUCGGGCUGCAGCAGGUGCAGGUGGACUGCCACUUCCUGCAGCUCUAUUUAUGGCGCUUUGUGGCGGAUGAGGAGCUUGUACACCUGCUCCUGGAUGAAGUGGUGGCCUCAGCUGCCCUGCGCUGUCCGGACCCAGUGCCUAUGGAGCCCAGUGUUGUGGAGGUCAUCUGCGAGCGUGGCUAGGCUCAUCUGAUGAACACACAGAGCCGCGUGGUGCCCAUCUGGUCAAUGCCAUGGUCUGACCUUCUGGUGCGGCAGACCUUCCCUGGGUCAGGACCGGUGUCAGGACCAGCUUAAUAAACCUGUUUCCUCCUA